CAGAUGCAGUCGAGAAUUCUAUGUAACACUUCGUGAACAAAUACAAAAGCGCACGCCAAUUUCAGCUUUGAAUAAUACAAUGUAUUAAUUAUUAAUCGUAGCCAAAAGACCUACAGUGCGAUUGGAAUCUUGUAAUCUAUGUUUGAGAAUUCUUCAUUGCGUUUUCUAAAGCAUUGAUUAAGGCCAUCUGCCGUGUUUUUUUCUACCGUGUCUUUCUCGGAAUACGUGCUGGGUUUGUAAGCCGUUGGGAAGAAAGUUUAGCAACCUAUGGUCUAAUGGAAAGUAUUUGAGGGGUGGGAUUACGCCGUAAUAAACGAACAAUAUUGAGGCUGGGAGUGUAUUUACGGCGAAAGUGGUUGUCAAUUAGAAUUUCAAAGCACGUUCUAAUCUGUAAAUAUUAUGAGCGUUGUGUUAAAGCUCUAGCAUGGUGGAUUACAGUCGCCCAACAAUGAUUUACCUUGACCGCUCCAACGAAGACGAUGCUACGAAGAUUAGUGAGAGAUAUAGAACGACAUGCUUUUGUCCAAGCAGAGAACUGGGGCAUAGUCAUAAUAUCCAUCAUAGCCACCUGCAUCAUAACAUGUACAUCGGGGACAAAAUGGAACGUCAGGAGAGAACCCAGCCAACCCACUUGUCGAACAUGCUCUUCAACGGCAAGGAUCUGGGACCAAGCUUGAAAGAACGUGAAAUGGAGAAACUCUCACCAUACAGCAUUCCAGCAGUGCCGUCAUCUGACAUGUACAGACAAAGGGAAAAAGAGAUUCCCGUGAGAGCUGAAACCAGAAAAAGAUACAUGUGUGAUAUUUGCCGAAAAAGCUUUCAACAAGUUUGCCAGUUAAAGCAGCAUAGACGGAUUCACACGGGAGAGAAACCGUACAAGUGCAACGACUGUGGGAAAGCAUUCACGCAAGCGAGUCAACUCAAUCAGCACGUGAGGCUACACACAGGUGAGAAGCCCUACUGUUGUGAAAUAUGCAACAAGCGAUUUACUCAGCUCAGUCAGUUGAAGUCCCACAAACGCACGCACCAAAGCAAGAUGGUUCGCCAUGGUUUCCAAGACAACGGCUUGCAUCACGAAUUCGAAGAUGUCCCAAAGCCCGAAAAACGUGGUCGCCCGAAAGGGGCGGUGUACAGCCACAAGAGGUACACCCCCUCAGAAAAACUAAAACCUCCCCACCACGUUCAAGGUUACGGCGAUUCACGUCAAGAUCCGAGAGGGAACUUUAAUAAUGCGCCAACCUCCCAUUUAGAGUAUGUGGCUCAAUUUAAUGCCCUGCAAAGAAUGUAACACCGGGUUAUAUGAAAGAACCCCUCCCCCCCCCAAAACUAGAAGAGGAAAUCCCCCUACCCACAAUGAAACACGAACGUUUUCCAUACGGAGUCGAGCCUAGCUCAAUAUUACCUUUCAUAUAGCCCUGUAAGGGUGUAUAACAUAGGUUAUAUGUAAUCAGAAUAAAAUUUAGUUAGUUCUUGAUGAGAUCUUAUUGAAUAGAACAACCCUAUAGAUGCAUUCAGAUUCUUCUAAAGAUAUAUUUUGUCCAGUCGACAGAUGAUUAGUUUGAACUAUGCGGACGAACCGAAGUUCGUCAUUUUAGGUGCUAGCAAAUGGUAAUCGUGUUCGUCCUUAAUUCGUCUAUACCGUAAAAUUGUUUGCAUGUUAUAGUACUUUUGUCAAGGGGGUUGGAAUGAUGCACGCGCAAGCAUGAAGGUUGUACCUCACCUAUUGCACACCUAUUUAGACUAUUUUGAACUUCAUUCCGACCCUCUGUCCUUGUGCCGAACAUAAAACAGUUCGAUGGACCCUAAAAUAUGUUGUUCUAUCGGCAAACGAGGUCUAUCCUUUGUGUAGAAGAAUAUUAAAAGUUAAACGAAUUAAUUUAUUAUGUUAUAAGAUUUGCGAUGUUAUGUCUUUCCGUUAUUUAGUCUACAAGACAAUACUCACUGUCAAAAAUAUCUAAUUUCACCUGCAAGCGAACGCGGGCUGAUUUCCUUUCGACUUCGUUUAACCAGUAUUCUCAGUGGAAUCUGGUCUGAUGCAGAAUGCUUUGUCAGUUCAAUAAACAAAUCGCAAAAUAUGCAAAUUGUAAUCGCGCGUUUCAAGUCUCGCUGUGGCGAGCGGGUGGAACUAGGCAAAAAAAAUUUACCUGUUAUUUUGUUAAUCGAAGUAGUUAGGGUAAUUCUAUCUGUGUUAAAUGAAAUUGUACUGAUAUCGUGUUAAACACCGUUGUAGAAAUUUGUGAUGUUAUUGCAAACUUUAAAAGAUU